UUUCAUCAUCACCACGCUGUCGAUGGCGAUGACGCCGCUCGUCGGCGGUGAUGAUCACAAUGUUUUGAUUCCGCACUCUCUGGGCCUGGGCCAGCGACGAGGGCAAAUUGUGAUCACGCAAAACCGGUGUGUGGUCGUCCCGUAUUACUCACAGCUGCUUGCCUGUCCAUCGACCAUUUGCGAGAAGUCCAACGCGAGUCGACAACGAUUCAAAUAUUUUUGAAUGCGUGUCCCAAUUGCUCCCGCGUACGGCAAGGCUGCUUGACGUCCUGCAUUCGAUCUCUGCCCCUCGAGGACGCACACCACGAAUGGAGCUCAUUCUCACGCUUCGCGAAGCGCGCAACCUCAAGCGUACGCAGCUCCUUGGCGCGCAAGACCCGUACUGCCAUGUGAACAUCGCCAACAUCUUUGACGCGACAACCGAGGUCCACCACCACGGCGGCUCCAACCCGUGGUGGAAUGCCUCGUUCUUGCUCUCGGUGCCCGAGACAAUUCCGUCGGGCCUGACGCUCUCUGUGCACAUCAAGAAUGCCAUGCACGUUUUGCCCGACCGCUCCAUUGGCAAGGCCCGUAUCGACCUCGAUGCGCUUGCGUCGGCGCUCGCAACCGACGAUAUUUACCACAAUUGGGUCCCCGUCCUGCACAACGGUGUACAUGUUGGCGACAUUAGCAUUGCGUUGGAGCUUGCCGGCAUCGACGACGUACGCGCCAAUGUCAUCUCGCUCACGUCGCCACCCGUUGUGGCCAUUGCAACGUGAUCGAUUGCAUGUUUCUGUAUUUAUACCAAGUAUGAAAAGCUAUACACGCUCUCAUUAACUGUACCGUCUCGGCUUUGCGUCCGCUUGGAAGUUUGGCGAUCGCACGGCCUGUACUAGCAUCUCGACGUGUCGAGGAUGUUAUUCCAGGAGCAACACAGUCGUCGCGGUUUGACGGUGUGAGAAGAGUGUUCA